AUGCUUUCCCGCUUGUCGCAUGUGAGCGGCCGCGCGCUGCUCUCGGGCCCCGCCUCCCGGGCCGGCCCGGCCUUUGGCAUCGGCCUGCGCAUGUUGUCCUCGGCCGCCGGGUCACCGCCCCCCGGUGGCUCGGAUGGUGUGAAGCGCAUUCGCCUGCGCCGGCCGAGCAGCCCGGCGGCCGCGGCCUCCGGUGUGGCCAGCCCGGCGGCCGCGGCGGCGGCCGCCUCGGCCGCCGCUGCCGCCAAGCGCGCCGGCCAGAGCCCGGAAGCCGUGGCCGCUGCGGCGGCGGCCGCCGCCGACCGCCAUGCCGCCUCGGCCAGCCUUUCGGCGAGCCCUGCGGCCGGCUCCCCGGACGAUCCCCCGGCCGAGGCUGAGGGCCCCUUGAAGGAGCUCCCCUCCGGCCCGGGCGUGGCCACGGCCCUCAACAUCCACGAGGCCCCGCCGGUCAAUCCCCUGAGCAUCGGCCAGUCGAACAGCGUCUUCCGCGAGGUUCUCUUCAUGUCGAUGGACGACCAGUAUGUGCACCCGGAUGCGCCGCCCACCCAGGACCGGGUCCUCUUCGCGGCCAAGGCCCUGCUAAUUGGCACGGUGCUGGCCUUUGCCAUGGUCGGUAGUGUCACCUACGGAGCCCUGUGGUAUUUGGAUGCCUGGGAUAUUGAGACCUUCAACCAGCGGAUGUCCGAGCGCAUGACCGCCCAUCGGACCGGCAUUCGCGAGGAGAUGUCGUGGAUUCGCGAGCUGCUCUCGCGCGGGGACGGUGCUGAGUCUGCGGCCGCCGCCGACGCCGAGCGCCUCCGCCAGGCUGACGCCGAUAGCGAUGCCUUCAGCCAGCUUUGGGCCGAGGAGCGCGCCAAGCAGCUCUUGGCCAAUGAGGAGAAGGCCGCCGCCGCCGCCGCUGCUGCUGCUGCCGAGGCCGCCGAGGCUGCCGCUGCUGUCGACACCGCCGAUGGCAUCGCUACCGAUGCCAAGGACACGUCGGACUGA